GCUGAUUCUACCCGUUGAGCCCGUCUGGCCGUCAUUCAGCGUUGCUGCUUGGUCAGUCGGCACCCGAGAUUGGGUAAUCACCAAAGCACCUGGUCCGCCCCUGUGGAAAACACCCUCUCUAUAUCGGUCGAGAAGAUGCCCUCCCCAGAUCGAGACACCCUCCUGUCCGCCGCCCAGGCCUUUUGCAACGCAUUUGCCAGCAAAGAGGCGCCUAACAAGAUCUUCAGCCAUUUCUCAAGCUCCGAUGAUGUCCUUGCCCUAGAACAUGGCCUGCCGCAGCUGGCACCGUUCUUGGGGCGCGAGUUUCGGGGGCAGAGGGGCCUGGAGGAAUACUUUGGACUUCUGUCCUCUAACCUACAAUACGAAAACAUGCGGUUCAGUAACUUCGUCGUCGAUGCACAUGUUCUCAAGGUGUCGGUCCGUGGAGAAGCAAAGUUCACCUGGACCAAGACUGGUCAAUCCUGGGACGAAGUCUUUACCUAUGUCCUAGAGUUUGACAAGGAAAACAAGGUCAAGGUCUACGAGAUAUGGGCGGGUAAGAUCGCCCCCAGAAGCCUGUGUUGGCGUUGCAGUAAAGUUGCUUCGAGAUCCUCUUUCUCCUGGACACGGCUAUGGGGUACUAACGACAAGCAGACAGUGGCGCUGCCUACCUGGCCAGCAAAGGCGAACUGUGAGCGAAGGACCAAUUGGCUUAAUCACCACUGCCACUCAUCAGUCGAGCAAUAUCCUGCCGUUCACGGCGUGUCCUACCCCAAUGCUCAUCUGGUUCAUCUUCCUGAUCAUCUCCUAGAUUAAAUGUGUUGCUGGAUGUGACAUCUUGGUUGUACUACUUGACCCCGGCAGGUAGGACGAACCGCGCAUCAACGAGCAUCUCCUGUACGUCCUCAUCAAAUUUUAAACUGUAGUUGGGUUUCUGGAAGCUCUUGACCUUGGCUCGGUAAAAAGUGUCGGUAUCAGGGUAUUUCGCGUAUACGGUCGUU